ACCCGUAAACCGAUUGUCGUUCGACCGCGAACUCGCGGAGCAUCGAAUCGCAUUUAGUGCGCAACAGCUGUGCCAGUUGCGUCUGCGAUCUGCAAUUCGAUAUUCGUCGCGUGCGAGGAACAGAAACUGAAACGGAAACGGAAAUAGAAGCGAAAAGACGCGCGCGCGCGCGGUCGUUUGCAUUCGAGAAGUCUCGUUGAGAACGAAGCGUGCACCGUUGAGAGACCGUUUUCAUCGUAGCUUUACGUUCGAGCAGGCCGAUACCGCGGCUUAUUGCACCGAUGAAAAUAUUUAACCACGACAUCAUCUCGAGUUGAACACGAUUCACCGACUCGGUCGUUAUCGUGGCGCAACGUUAUCGUUUCCCUCGGUUGUGCACGCGUUUGUGCAUUGUGCACGCGCGAACAGGUGCUUGGAUGUGUACGCGCGACGUACGACGCAUGCAUGCGUGUACGUGUACGUCUCGAAGUUCGAGGAAGCAACGUUCGACGACGAACGAUCGUUUCGCUCGAAGUAUUCUAGAUAUUUGUUUCGGAUCGUCUUAAAAUAAAAGCUGGAAAAUCUUCUCUUACGCUUGAAACGAUACGAAAGCUGCGGGUGCUCGCUGUUUCACGGGGCGUUAACGUCGUUCGCGACUUUCGUUCGAAGGGGCAACGGACUCCGCUAUGAAAAAGGGCGAUGCGGAUGCGGAAUCGGAAGAAACGGUUCCCGUUUUACAACCCAAUGGGAAGUUGGAGGAUAGAAUGAGCACCUUGGCUGCUCGUUUCUCGAAGAAGUACGACGUUUCGCCUUCGUUCUUCGUCAGAGUUCCUGGAAGAGUGAAUUUAAUCGGCGAGCACAUCGAUUAUUGCGGUUACGCUGUUUGUCCCAUGGCCAUUGAACAAGACAUCCUCGUUGCCGUUGCUGUCUCGCGAGACGAUCGAAUCCGACUAACCAAUAUGGAAUCGAAGUACAAGGAUUUUCAGUGCAACUUGAAAGACGUGAGCGCCUGCAUCGAGGAUGCCGGCGGUGGCCCGGACUGGUACAAAUAUUUCCUCUGCGGUGUGAAGGGUGCCCUCGAGGUGAUGCCGGAGGAGGUCGUUCCUUCGGGAAUGUUGGCUGCAGUUUGGGGAAACGUUCCUCCUAAUUCGGGGCUCUCGAGCUCGAGCGCACUCGUCUCCGCCGCUGUUCUUCUGACCGUGCACGCCAAUCAGCAUGGAAAGCGACCGUCGAAGCGCGAUCUGGCCGACAUCGGUGCCAGGGCCGAGAGGCACAUAGGCACUCAGGGCGGUGGAAUGGAUCAGGCGAUCGCGUUUCUCGGCAAAGCUGGUUCGGCGAUGCUGAUCGAAUUCCACCCGCUGCGUGCAACGAACGUCGCUCUACCCGAAACCGCGGUGUUCGUGAUAGCGCACAGUCAGGCUUGUCACAACAAGGCUGCCACCACGGAUUACAAUUUAAGGGUUGCGGAGUGCAGGCUCGCCGCCCAGAUGAUAGCGAAGAAAAGAAGGAAGAACUGGGAGCAGGUGCAAAAAUUGAUCGAUGUCCAAGAGGCCCUCGGUAUCAGCGUCGACGAAAUGGUGGCUGUGGUAACCGCGAACCUCCGCGAGGAACCGUACACUCUUAACGAGAUCUGCGAAGAGCUGGGCACAACGAUCCCGAAGAUGAAGGAAAUCUCGCGUCUAGGAUCGUUCGACGAGUCGCAGCCGUUCAAGCUGAAACAACGGGCUCUGCACGUGUUUCAAGAGGCGAGUCGAGUGGCAGCGUUCCGGCGCGUGUGCGAGGACAACGCGACCAUGGAAAAAGAGAAGCUGGCACAGCUGGGUGUUCUGAUGUCCGAAAGUCACGUCAGUCUGCAGAAAUUGUACGAGUGCAGUCAUCCCAGCGUCGACGCGCUCGUCGAGGAUGCGACGAGCUGUGGCGCGCUCGGUGCUAGACUGACAGGUGCCGGGUGGGGCGGGUGCAUAGUGGCCGUCACGAGCAAAGACGAGGUUUCGCGAUUCGUGUACGCCCUGAAGAAGCGACUCGCCGGAGUCGGGAUCAAAGAUGGAUUCGACCUCGACGACCUGGUCUUUCCAGUGGAGCCAUACCAGGGAGCCGCAAUUUACACGAUCUAGUCCCAUCGUCGAUCGAGGCCGCGCGAUGAGAGCGCUUUCCAAGGUCCGAUCGAGUCGUUUAAAAGAGACCGGUCGCGACAUUUUCGGGUCCGAGCGAUCAAAGGCUACGACGAUUCCAACGAGCGACGGCUCGUGGCUCGGGAAAUACCGGAGCCGACGACGAACUACGCCAGUGGUUUUCGUAUCGUAUCUAGGUGUUUUACGACAAGGAGUUUCGGAUUUCGGAGUAGCCCAACGUUUUAUCGAGAAAUUGGUUGGCUCAAAAUUCGGUGGACACGAAGAAGGCGUUCUUCGACCUGACAUUUGCGGCAGUGGUUUGUUACGCUUCUACGAAUUCGUCGAUUCCUUCGUAAUCACUUCGCUAUGGUGUACACGCACGUAUGUAAAAAUAAAGACCCACUUUAUCGAG